AAUGCCUCACGGCUUCCAGCAACAAGGAAGCGUGAUAAUGACAGGAACAACGUCGUCAACUGUUGACAUCGAGAUUUUGGGCUAACAGAGGCCCAUUUACCUACAUGUUGUAAUUAUUUGUAAAAUUAUCGCAAAUUCGUACUCUUCAGAAGUCAUGGCGGCAAAGACACAUCAGCUUAGUGAGUCUGUGGUGAUUCGCAGCCUUCGGCGUUUCAGAGACAGAUACUUUCCCCACAGCAGAGGGGAUGUGGACGGAGUUCUGGCAUCUGUGGAGGACUCACAGGAUGAACACCAACCGGGCUUUUUGGACAGUUUACCGGUGAGAGAAUCAUGCUGAGACCGCCCAAGUUUAAAGCGGAAAAAUACGUCUUAAAUUGCCCGUUUACGGUCAGUUACUGUCAGGGUUGAAAAAUAGCUACAACUUAAAUGAAAAGAUGAAACACUUUACAUUGGGAACAUUAAUAAUAUUGGUAACAAAGGGAGGAAAAAAUAUCAAAUUAAACUUCUAUUUUCUCUUAAAUAAAUAAAGGGCAGACUUUGUACUUAGCCUGACCUUUGUAUACGGAAGAGUGGGGUAAGUUGAGCCACCCCCUGUUGCUUAGAAACGGUAAAAGAAAUUGAUCAUGUGACUAAAUAUUUAGGAGAUAAGCAUCAAUUCAUAAAGUCUGUGAAGGUUAGAAGUACAUGGGUAAAAGGGUUAGAAAUUUUUUUUUUUUUUUAAAGGAAAAAAACAUUUUUCACUCUUGAAAGUGAAUUUAGUCUGUCAAAAGUUUUAUUAGAAGUGUGCUCAGACCAAAAAAGAUCAUUUUGACCACUUGGUCAAGUGAGUCUCCUUUAAGCUUCUAGCCCAAUAUCCUUUUCACUUUAGCGCAGUUUGAUCUGCUAUGUAUUAGGGGUGGUAAAAAAUUGAUUCACAUAAGUAAAUUUUUGUUUUACAAUUUUUAAAUCCGUUUUUAUGUUCAAAAAUCGUUUUUUUUUUCUUUAAAUUGAAGAAUGAAUCUUUAAAAACUAACUCACAUGUGAUGUGUGUUUUUUGAGGAAAUUGGGUGCCUGUUAUAGUCAGUAGACAAUCAUAAUAUUCAACUGUUUCACUGGUGUUAAAAAUGCAGACUGAAUAUUGAGAAAAUUGACAAUAUUGUAGAAUCGCAAUUUAUAUGGAAGUGGCAUCCAAAAAUUAAUAGAAGAAUUGAAUCAUGAAAAAAGCAUAUCAUCCCAGCCCUACUAUGUAUAAGCAUGGUGUCUUGUGUACUGUCUCCACUUCUCCUGUUUUGCGUUGAAUAUCUUACUUUUCCAACUCUUAGAUUUCAUUUGUUUUAGUCUCUUAAUCUUUAAAACAAAUUGGUACAUUAAAACUGAAUCUUGUGAGCCCAGGAUCAAUAAAACAUAGCAGCUUUUGAUAACGGUCCACAGUAUUUAAUUUAACAUGUCCUGCCUCUUUAGGUGGACAUUCAGUUUUUGAUCAUGAGCUAUCUGUGUCCUGCGGACAUCUGUCGCCUUGGAGCCUCAAGUCGAUACUGGAAGGCAAUGGUUAAAGAUCCUUUACUGUGGAGAUACUUCCUGCUCAGGGACAUGCCACACUGGUCCUCCAUUGAUCACAUGAGCAUGCCCCAGCUAGAGUCACUGGAUGCACCUCUGAUCAAUGCAGAUGAGAGCCUGGAUGAAAGGGAAGAGGGGGGCAACAAAGGGAUGGACCUGAAAUUUGACUAUAUGUCAGAGUGAGUAUCUUAAAUCUUUCUCACUUCUUGUACAUAAAUAAAAAAAGCUUAGGAACCAUUGUGACUCUUAUUUUUGCUCCAACAGAUACCUGAAAGGUUGCCCAUCCUGCAGACAGCAAUGGCUUCCUUCCCGUCCAGCGUAUGAAGUUGUGACUUCAUUCCUUCAGUCUCUGGUGCCCUCAGCUGAACCCCGCUACGCCAUGUUUGGCCCCGGCAUGGAGCAGCUGGAUGUCUCUUUAGUCACAAGGCUUAUGCAUGCACCAGAUGUGCUUCCUGUGUCUGGCACUCCACACAGACAGAUUAAUGGUGACAUGUCACUGAAAUGAUAAAAUUCUUUUAGUUUUCUCUCAGUAUCAAUUUACUGUGAAAAAUCUCCUUUAACCAGCAGUAAAGUGCAUAUUUUUCUAAUGCUUAUUUUUAGCUGUUGUUGGUUUAUUUUCCCACCACUAGGCGGCAGUAACUGCCCAAAAUUGAUGUGUAAUUGUGUCUGUUAUUGAGAACUCAUGCCAAACUUUUCUGUCUUUCUAGGUAUUGGCUCAGGUAUCAGUUACCUGUUCAAUAACCAACACAAAUUUAAUAUCCUUACUCUGUAUUCAACAAACAGGUAAGCACCCUGCACGUAAAGUUUGUAUAUGAGUUGAAUUGACUUGUUUUCUUUCAAUAAUAUUGUCAACUUAACUGUGUGUUUUUGUGUCCAGGGCAGAGAGGGAAAGAGCCAGGGUGCAACAGGAGAGCAUCAGUAAUAAACUUUUCACUUUAGAAGGAACAGAUGACUCAGGUCACUUGAUCUACAGCCCCUCUUCUCAGGUCCAGCAAGUGUGCCAGGUGGUGGAUGGUUUCAUUUAUGUUGCCAAUGCAGAGCCAGGCAAAGGUACAGUCAGAAAAGAACAUUUACUGUUUUUAGUUUCUGUUCUCCAGCUGUAACAGUGUCCAGUUGGUUUCCAGCUCAGAGCCUCUCCAUUAACAACGUUGUCUCCACAGGGGAAGGUGAGUCUGAGAUGGCUCAGAUCCGGGCUGUGCUGAGCUGUGCCAAAGCUCCAGCAUCCAGGCCUCUGCUGGUGCUCUCAUGUGUGUCCAGAGAAGAACCAGAGGCAGUCAGCAGAAACAUGGCCAGGCGUCGAACUCCCUGUGUUUACAUGGCAAAGAGACUUGGCCUCUCUCAACUGUCUAAUCCCUGGAUGGUAACUGUUUGACUAUAAAUCAUACAAAGGUCUGAAGACUUUUUAAUCCAAAAACUUACUUACUCUGAAGAAACCCUCCAGCUGUGGUUGUGUUUCUCUCUCUCAUUCAGGUCCAGGAUACUGUGGCAGAAACCCUGUCAGGUCUUUUGGAUGGUGUUUCCUGGCUGCUGAGAUGCUCUGGAGUCAAACUCUCUGGUAGCUAGUUCACUAACCUCUGCUAAUGCCAGAAAAAUUAUAACCAUAGACAUUACUGCUGUGUCAUCCUGACACAAAAACACUCUGGCAUUUCCUGAGUAAUGUGCACCAAAUUUGCACUCACUGUCUCUGGAUGAGAAAACUGCCUGUGGAAUUCACUGAGUUUGAUUCGCAGGAGGACUAUCAGGGUGACAGAGUUCAAUGGCAGAGACCUCGUUCAUAUUGACGAAGACUAACAAAGUGUUUACACAAGGACUGAAGGUUAUACACACACAUUCGUAAGAUUUUUUUCUGCAUGCUGAAAUCUAAAUACCAGCUGUGUACGGCAUCUCUCUUGAAGAUGCUGUACACAGUAAUUAUCUGUCUACAUUUGGCUGCCUAUUUAAGAUUAAAAUCUCCUUCACCCUGUUUGACUUAGCUUCCACAGGAAGCAACAACAAUCUCCAACCUAGAGUCCUUAGGAGAUGCCGGUUCUGAAAGAGAUUGGGUCAGCUGUGAAAGGCUCAGCCAGACAUUUUUACUAGAGUUGGGACAGUGCUAUGUAAGAGCUCAGUAAAAUAAAUGGUAGGAGGAAGGAUAAUCUACAACCAGGUAUAGAGAUUAAUAUGAUCAGGUGUAGAACAAUUAAAUCAAAAGUUUGACCCAUUCUGUUCAUUUUUUUCUGUAAAACUGAAGGUCUCAUUGGCUUAUUCCUUUUCUUAAAUACAACAAUGAAGUUCGUGCUGCCUUAAUGUAUGUGCCAUAUAAUGACACAGGUUUAGAAGUUACAACCUGCCACAUUAUUGAUUAAAUUAAGAAGCGAAGCUAUAAUACAAGCAUAUUGAUUUUUAUGACAUUAAGAGAACUAUGUUUUAAUCAAAACACUUUUGCGUAUACAUGGACAAAAUACUUUCCAAUCUUAAAUGUUUACAUUUUUAUCAGUAGCACAAUCACUCUUUUCUGUAAAGUGUAUGAAAAUAAACUAUUAUUGUGGUGGAUGAAUCACCCA